CAACGUUGUACCUAGUAAACAAAACCCUCCUUUCUUCCCGUCGUUCUCAGGGCCUUUCGCCUAGUCGUUUUAAAUGUCAACACAAAGGGCUGCCCCAUGUAAGUCCUGAAUAAGGAAAAGCAACAGGAGGUCCGGGGCAGAUCGGGGGAAAAUUGGUCGGAAAAUACGCAGGGCGUUUUUGAGGGGACGGAACACCUGUUUUCUUCGCUGUUCGGAAAACUUGUUAAGUCGUCGAAACAACGUAGGAUCCUUGAAUACACAGGAAUCUCGGUUGUGAGGUCUGUCUGUUUACCGACAGGAAUAUCAUCAAACAGGGCGAUCUGUUUUCAUAACCAGGGCAGUGCGUCACCGGUCUGUGAAAAAAACGUGGAAGCGCGUACCGGAAAUUUCUCAUGCCACGGGCUUCGAACUGACAAAGAUCCGCGUAACAUUACACCCGGUCGGUAACUUAUGAAGUGACCCAAAAAACAAUAUCAGUGGUCUCAUCAGUUUCUAAGAAAGACUGGGAGACUUACAGAACAAGAAGGAAAAACUGGAAAGACAGAAGAUUUCUUCAUGCUUAUGGGAAGAGAUAUUAGACACGCAAUAUGAUCGACGAAGUCAUCACACCGACACAUGUUGGGUACACGGGCGGACGGGGUGGGAGGCCUAGCGGGAACUCUGCGGGUAGGGGGAGUAACCGGCGACCUCAGCCCAUAGAUGAAGACAUGAUAGCGCCAAGUACCGCCAGGCCGACCGGAGGACGGGGAGGGCCGCCUGGCAGAACGGCGGACCCAGUACCUGCGGGUAGGGGGUCUAACCGGCGGCCUCAGCCCAUAGAUGAAGACAUGAUAGCGCCAAGUACCGUCAGGCCGACUGGUGGACGCGGUGGACCGCCUGGCAGAAUGGCAGACGCAGUCAUGGAAAAGGCAGACGAGGUUUUCGCUCCGAGUAGGUCGAGUGGAAGACGUAUACAGCCGCCGCCUAAGCCCAUGGUAGACGAAGUCAUAGAACCUACCAAUGUCAACUCUCCAAGACGACGAGGCAAGCCGCCGCCGACCAUGGUCGACGAAGAGAUCGUACCGAGUCACGUGAAUCCAACAGGAGGCGGACGCGGGAAACCAAAACAACAACAACCCGUGAAUGAAGAGAUUGUACCAACCCGCGUCAACCCAAGUAACCGUCGAGAAAAGGCUCCACAAAUGGUGGACGAAGUGGUUAUACCGACCAAUGUUGUACCGAGCGGACGCAGAGGACGGCCACCACCGCAGACCGUUAAUGAUCAUGAGUAUUCAAACAAUGUAGGCCCAAGUGGUCGUCACGGGAAACCCCCACAAACAACCGACGAAGAACCGACCGCAGGAAGACCAGGCCGGCAAAAACCGAACGAGGAUAAGAGACGUAAGCCAGCAGAAGUAAACGGAAGUAGUAACCACCCAAGAAUGCCGAAUGGCAACGGCACCACGACGACAACAUCAGAAACAAGGAGGGUGAUCCAACAAGCACAACCCUCCGUCCAGACGUACACGAAAACGAACGCGACACGUGACGUACCGGACUGCCACCACGAUCGAGAGCGAAGAGAGCGAAAGCGAGUACACGGAGGAAGAGGCGACACCUCCAGGCACACCUGAGUGGAAGAGGAAAGUCAACUGGAAUCUCGGGCCGCCUCCGGCGCCGCGCCCCGCCACGCCUCCUGAAGACGAAGAAGACCCAGACGGGAUUACGGAAGGCACCAAACACGUCGAGAUCACAGGAAAUCGCGUCAUCACGACCACGCGGAAGGUUCGCAAGGUCAAAAAGGAAGUCCCCGAGCCAGUCCAGCCGAACGGGCCCUUCUGGUCCUCAACGGUAAAGUGGAGCUCCGAGCCGGUGAAGAAAAAGCCACCACCAGUCCAAAUCACCAAACAGGAACAGCGAGUACAAGUAUCACCUCCCCAGGUAUGGCUAUGCUGCAUCACCAGAUGGUUCCUGCACCGGUCAGUCCCCGCAUCAUUGUGGCUGAGGCCACCCUCCCCAGGCCACAGUACAUCCAGCAAACUGUGCCCCUCCAACAGGUCAUCCAGACCAUCCAACCUCAGCAUAUACAGCAGAUGCCGGUUGCAUCUCAACCACAACAGUUGUACAUCCUGCAAACGCAGCCGACAGCCACCAUCGAUGGCGGUAUGAGAGCUCUAACGCUGCCGAGGGGCCAGACCCAGCAGGCGUACCUUCUGCCCACUGAGGCCUUCCUGGGCACCCAAACUCUACCGAGUAGAGGCCAGCAAAUAAGAAUACUGGAUGGCGGUAGCAGUUACCGGGUGGACAGCGGUUCGUCCAUCGAUGAAGUGGACAGGUCCGUACAGAACCUGCAGCAGUCCAUCCACGAGCUCCAUGGCGUCAACACCAUGAGAAGCACUCGGUCACGUGUCUCAACGUCUGCCAGUGGAUACGACACCCACCUCCGCCCGUCUGCCUAUAGUGAAGUCUCCACGUUCCGGCAUCGCAGUGUUUCCCAGAACAGCAUUGAUGGGAAAUCUGAGGCCCUAAACGCCACCAUCUGCGUCAGCUGCAAGCGUCCUUUUGGGCCACACGACAAGAUGGGCACCUACCGGGGCAGCCCCUGCCACGAGACAUGCAUGCCGAAUAGCCCUACUGAGAAGCCGGCGAGUACCUGUGUUGCCUGCCACAUCAAGUUUCACCCAGACGACAAAAUGGUUCUACUCAACGGGAAGCCCUGCCAUGAGAUGUGCCUACCCAAAGUGACUGAUGAACAGAAUACCUCAAUAAGGAAAGUCCGAACUAUGUCGUCAUCACGAAGCCAAGAACCUGCAACCCCAACAAGUCCCUCUGUAUCGGUCAGGAAAUUUGAGAUGGGCACCUCCCAAUCAAGGAUGCAACAUCUGCCUCCACCGACUCCUGGAACGCCUGGCAGUGCUAUGUCGACGUCCACCCAUUACACCUGGGGAGGCGAGGUCACACCACACACCCCGUUUUCCGCCGUCUCCAACACGUCAGGAUUCACCAUGGAGAUGGUUCGUCAACAUAGACAAGUGGAGGGUGAGGAUGUAUUCAUGUGCUUCUACUGCAACAAACCCAUCAGAGGACAAGUCGUUGGUGCAUUCAACAAGGUGUUCCACGAGGGACAUUUCGCGUGCUGUUGUUGCCAUCGCAGAUUCAAACGAGGUCAAAAGUUCUAUGAGCUCGACGAAAGACCAAUGUGCAAGAAGUGUUGUCGGGCGUUUCCCGGGAAUGAAGUCGACUCGAAAUGGGGCUUUACCAUGGGAAGAAGGUAAACGAGACAAGUGGCAGUGGCGUCAGG